UGAGCUACCUUGAUUCUAUGGAGUAAUGCUGAAAUUCCAGGAAGCGGUUAAGCAUGGUACAUCAUUUACACCUAUUUUUAUCCACUCAAAAGCACUAAUUGCAGGAAGAUACAAUAUUUAUCAAAAACUUGGACAUGGAAGUUUUGGAACCGUUUAUCUGGUUUCUGACAAGAAAGCAAAAGAGGAAGAACAGUUGAAAGUUUUGAAAGAAAUCUGUGUGGGGAAUCUUAAACCCAAUGAAACAGUUGAGGCGAAUUUGGAAGCACAAUUGUUGUCCAGGCUAGACCAUCCGGCCAUUGUUAAAUUCUAUACAAGUUUUGUUGAAGGAGGGAGUUUUUGCAUCAUUACUGAAUACUGUGAGGGUCAAGAUCUCGACUUUAAAAUUCAAGAGUACAAAAGAAGUGGCAAAGUAUUUCCUGAAAGUCAAAUAGUGAAAUGGUUUAUACAAUUAUUACUUGGAGUAAACUACUUACAUAAAAGACAAAUACUUCAUCGAGAUUUGAAAGCUAAGAAUAUUUUUUUGAAAAAUAAUCUGGUUAAAAUUGGGGACUUUGGAAUUUCUCGACUCUUGAUAGGAUCCUGUGAUUUAGCAACUACUUUUAUUGGGACACCUUUCUACAUGAGCCCAGAGGCAUUACAACACCAGGGUUAUGACACAAAAUCAGACAUUUGGUCACUUGGAUGCAUUUUGUAUGAGAUGUGUUGUUUGAACCACAUGUUUACUGGUCAUAGUUUUUUGACCGUUGUUCUGAAAAUUGUAGAGAGCAAAACACCUUCUCUUCCAGACAAUUUUCCAAGAGAACUUGAUGCUGUCUUGCAUAGAAUGCUGAAUAAGAACCCUUCACUGAGGCCAUCAGCUGCAGAGAUUUUAAAAACUUCAUACAUUGACCAUCACUUACAGAAAGAAAAAGGUACAUCUCCAAACUCUGAGGGCCAUAUCUGAAGUGCAGAAAAUGACACCUCGUGAACGAAUGCGAUUGCGGAAAUUAAAUUUAGCUGAUCAAACAGCACAGAAGCUGAAACAGUUGGCUGAAGAAAAAUAUCAAGAAAAUCUUAAAAGAAUGAAAGAACUUCGAUUCCGUAAUUUUCACCAAGUGAAUAUAGAUGUGCUUCAUGAAUCUGAUCAGCAUCAUUCAGAAUACCUCAUUAAAUCCCAGUCUGUCACGGCAUUGGAGUAUUUUUCCAUAGAAUGCAGUAACCAAAGGGACAAUGAUACAAUAGGCAGACUUAAUGAAUCUAAUCCAGCAGAGCAUGAGAUCCCAGAGGAUCCACUUACUGCAGAAGAAUAUUAUAAUGAUCCAUUUGAUUCCUGUUCAGAAACAAGCGAAGAAUCGGAUAGGGAACAGGAAGAAAAGAAUGCAUCACAGACAGACAGUGAUAUCAACGCAAUGGUCAGAUACAUGGAAAAUAUUGUAGAUAUCAAUUCUGAAGGAACUAGAAGUUUCACUGAAGUGACUCCUGUGAGAUUGAGAACUCUCAAUAAUACUAUGGCAACAACCAAGCUGAGACAUAUGAAGGAGACAGCCAUUCAAAAAUUGGGAGCAGACAUUUUUGAAAAAGUAUAUGAAUUCCUUCAACAAGCAAGAGAGAGGAAGGCAAGUGACGAUGAAGUCAAAGAAUACCUUGGAAAAUUGGUAUCUCGGGCAAGUGACUGCUUUGAGGGUGAAGAAGACAAAGAUAUGCCCAAGAACUCUAACAGAUCACAAUCCGGUGUGGAUGGAACUGGAAUAUGAAGAGGGGUCUAGGAGGUCUUGGGGGUUAAAUGAAAAUUUAUUU